ACCUAUGAACUUAGUCUGCAUCUUUCAAUUUCAAACAUGAAAGUAAAAAGCCGGCUUGAUUCGUUAUUACGCAAUAAACGCGGAUACUGUAGUUAAAACUGUCUCUUCGUGGAAGCUGUAGUGCUUGGUUUAGGUUGGGCAAGUUGAAGAAUUGAAGAGAAAAGCACAUCAAGACACAAGAAACAUGAAGACCGCGGCCUUUCUAUGUUUUUCUUUCACAUAUUUUAGGUACACAAUCUGUAACUGUCCUAGUAACAGUUUGGAAAUGAAAUCUGUGGAGGACGUUUAUGAGUUUAUCUGGGAGAGCAAUAUAGACAUCGCCCAUAAGACGAUCCGAGGGGACUUCCUGAUGCAAAUGCAGAACGGCAGCCUGAAGGCAGAGAGAUAUAUCAACUUCACCAUCCAAGAUCUUAACUAUGUACUGAAAGUGGCUGAUAUGUUGAAAAAAAUUAGCGCAACUUUAACUCUGCCUAAUAACCUCAAGGACUUCUUUAAUGGUAGAUACUCAAGUUACCAAAGGUUUGGCAAUUUUAUGCUCAAACAAUAUUUCUUCAAGGGUGAGCCUUCCAUUGAGCAAACCCCAGCUAUGAGGAAGUACCUUUCAUUCUACAGAAACCUGAUGGAGAAUGAAGAGCCGCUGUACUUUGCCGUGGGUCUUCUGCCCUGCGCUAGACUCUGGGUUUGGCUGGCUAAAAAUCUUAACACUCCUUCAACCAAUGCCUACUACACUUGGAAGGUAGAAAAUAUGGGCGGCCAUCCUGAGAAACACUACAGAGCUCUGCUGAAUAAGUUUCUCAACACAACUGAGAAAGUGGAGAAGGCUAAUGCUAUAUUCCGUGAACAGAUGCAAAACGAGCACGAUUUCUUCUUCUCGUCUUGAAUGGUUGUUAAAUGCAAACACUGUCUGAGCAAUUCAAUAUUUCAUAAAAAUAAAAGUAGUUUGCAAUAAUAAUCCAAAUAUUGCUUGAUGUAUUUGAUGGCUUAUUUUAAGAUUUGGCUUACCAUCAUUUCAAAAGAAUUUUAUAUUGAUCAGUUUAAAUCAUCAAAACCUAUUUGCAACCACAUUGUUUGGAAUUUACAAACAAUAAUACAUUUAUUUUACAUUCAGUGUUCAGCAGUUCAUUAUUUUGUUAAAUACAAAACUCUGAAAAAAAUAUUUCACAUUUUAUGGUUGUAGGCACUGUAUUUAAUUUCUGUAUCUUAAAUGCUUUAACGCACAUUGAAUUCCCUUUGUGUAUGAAAUGAGCUAUAUAAAUAAACUUGCCUUGC